CCCGAUGACUUCCCGCCACAUGUCAUUGCAAUAGUGGAUGACUGUACAUCUGGAUCUAUCAUAGAAUAUAGUACAUCGUGUGCUUAUAAAUGUGAGACUGGAUACCAAACUACAGAUCUUACAAAGUUGAAAUGUCUAGAAAGUGGCAUGCUGUCGAUGGGUCUUCCUAACUGUACAGCUGUGACCUGCUCUAUACCCGAUGACUUCCCGCCACAUGUCAUUGCAAUAGGGGAUGACUGUACAUCUGGAUCUAUCAUAGAAUAUAGUUCAUCGUGUGCUUAUAAAUGUGAGACUGGAUACCAAACUACAGAUCUUACAAAGUUGAAAUGUCUAGAAAGUGGAACACUGUCGAUGGGUCUUCCUACCUGCACAGUUGUGAAUUGUUCCAUCCCCGAUGUCUUCCCGUCACGUCUGAGUGCAGUGGACACCCAAUGUUCUUCUGGGGCUAUUGUAGAAUAUAAUACAUCAUGCACCUAUGAGUGUGAAAAGGGAUACAUGACAACGGGUCCUUCCUCAUUAUCAUGUUCAGAAAGUGGGGAGCUGACAAUGGACCUUCCUAACUGCACAGUUGUGACAUGUUCUAUACCUGAUGAGUUGCCGCCACAUGUCAUUGCAGUAGUGGGUGACUGUACAUCUGGAUCUAUCCUUGGAAUUGAUGCAUCUUGUGCUUAUACAUGUGAGACUGGAUACCAAACUACAGAUCUUACAAAGUUGAAAUGUCUAGAAAGUGGCAUGCUGUCGAUGGGUCUUCCUAACUGUACAGUUGUGACUUGUUCGAUUCCUGACGCCUUCCCGCCAUAUGUUAGUGCAACAGAAAGUCAAUGUUCGUCAGGAGUCGUGAUAGAAUAUAAUACAUCCUGUACCUAUGAAUGCGAUACUGGAUACAGGAUAACUGGUGCUGAAACAUUGUCAUGUACAGAAGGUGGGCAGCUAUCUGGAAACCUCCCAAACUGCACAGACGUUACGUGUAUCAUUCCCGAUGACUUUCCAUCACAUCUUAGUUCAGUCAAUGGCAACUGUUCACCAAGAUCUUCCAUCGGCUACAACACCACUUGUACUUUUGCAUGUGAUACUGGGUAUAAUCUGGUAGGAUCCAAUUUGGUGUCCUGCACUGGAAGUGGAGCUUUAUCGGCCGAAUUGCCAAGAUGUGCAGGUGUCUUGUGUAACGUGCCAUCGACCUUUGACUCGGUAACGUCAACAUGCGAUGUAGGGUCAACGGUGACAUAUAGUACUUCCUGUGAAUUUUCAUGUACUUCCGGUGUCAUUGAGAGUGGAAACGCAGAACGGUUCUGUCGCGCAGAUGGCACAUUUUCUGGCAAGGACCUCACUUGCGCAGAGGUUAUGUGCAACAUUCCAGUCUAUUCUACUCCGCUUUCGUCUUCUCAGUGCCAUUCCGGAGGCCGUGUAGCUGUCGGGACACUUUGCCAAUUUAAUUGUGAAAGUGGUGACGUCACUCAACCCGCGAACAUCAUCUGUUCUAAUACAGGUCAACUGCAGAAUGACGUUCCACAAUGUCUAGAGACGUGUGGUUCGGCAGUGUGUAGCGAAGGCCAGUACUGUGGAUCCAAUGACACAUGCCGCUGUGUAAGGGGUUCUUUGACAGCACAAGCGGUGUGUUCAGAUUCAUGCAGAGGUGCCUGUUCCAUCAAUGAAAUAUGUACUACUAACAGUGUGACCGAGGUAUCUGCUUGUGACUGCGCCCCAGGAAAAGUUCGAGAAAUGGACAACAAUCAGUGUCUUGAUGCCAUUAAUCUGGAGGGAACCAUUACGGUGCUGGAGAUCAACGGCUCGGAAGCCAUAUUCUCUGAAGAACUGGGAAACAAAAGUAGCUCAGAGUUCCAGCAAAUUGAGUCGACAUUUUCACAACAGAUGAUGUCGAACAUUGGGUCAGUCAAUAACAGCAUCGAUGACGUCACUAUUAUCAGUAUCACGAGCGGCAGUUUGGUAAUCACCUACAGACUCAGCUUAGCGACGGCACCCGAAUCUAACCCGGAAGUACUUGCUGACGAGCUGAGUAUGACACUAUGGCAGCACCUAGACAGUAAUAACGGAAUGCUUGACUCUACUACAAGUACUCUCUUCCGGGUGGUUCGUGAUGUUCCUUCACUACAAGUUUUGACAAUGGACGAAUGUUCAGAUCCCAUUUCAAAUGAUUGUUCUUCAAACGCAAUUUGCAUCAACCACGACAUGGCCGGUGGGUUUACAUGCAAAUGUUUACCCGGAUACCGUGACUUCUACCCUGAAGUACUUCCUGGUCGUUUCUGUUUUCAGAAUCAUUCUGAGAAUUCUGAUCCUGAUAAUCCGGUAAAUGGACAAACAAUGUACCUGGCUAUCGGGAUAGUCUCUGGUGUUUUCAUCGUGACCGUAGUCAUUGUCCUUCUCGGCAGUCGGGCCUACGUGAACUCAAGGUGGAGAAAGUAUUACGAGGAAAGCGUGUAUAAUCCCACGACAUCCGAGACUUACAGUAGGAGAUAUCCAUACCUUGAUAGCUACCAAAUCGAACGCAAUGAAGGCUUGUUUGACAAAGCAGAGAGCACACAGCUGCGAGAUCACCCAUUGUAUGUUAACUACACACGAACAAACGCUGGAGCUGGUGAAAGGACACCCUCUGACGAUCCGACUCAUUCUUCAGCUGGAACGAACCCCAAUCUUGAUUAUUCAAAAGCAAUAUCAACCAAUGGUUAUCAUGGGUGUGGCGGACAACAUUUACAUUACCCUUACGGUAAUGGGAUAGUGAUCAAGGACCAUUUGCCGCAGACGAAAAGACUAAAGACGAACGGAGGAGUAGGGAGGUAUUCAUCAACAAAACCCAGAGGCAACAUUGGACAAGGAGACCAUCUACCUUUAGAUGCACCACAUAGAGCUACAUACGUCACACGAUUUUGAUGCAGCAACUGGACAUCAUGGCUCGACGACUGACGCCAAGUCAGGUUUUCAUCAUUGAUCAUUAUGGUCAUCGAUGGUCAGAGUCAUUCUUGUCAAGGAACAAAAAAAACGCCAAAUGCAAUGGAGGGACUUGGAACACAGUGACGCAAUGGCAAACAUGAACGAAAACAACUCUUGUAUUGUACUCUACACCGGUCACCUGCAGUUGACUUCUUGUAAAUUUAAUCAAGUCCUUCGGAACGAGAUUAUUACGUGGUUGUUGUUUUCUUUUCCUCGGAAUGGGACCAGAAUGCAAAAGCAGACGGGUAGACAUUAAUGAUGAUGACCAAUACUUAUGCUCUAACUUCCACUGAG